AGUACUGAGUUUGUUGUUAUUAUGUUGCUGAUGGUGGUCACACAUGCAACAAAGUAACCUUCAGUGGGCACGCGCCAAGCGCUUGGUCCCAGAAUCAAAAGCUCGCGCGCAGGAAGAGGCUUUCCCGGAUAUGAAUGUUGCCAGUGGAGACAGACGCACAAUCAAACCGCACUUGAAAUGGAAGAAACAGAUUUGGGAAAGUUUGGUCUGGCCCGCUUGCAAGCAGAACUCGACCAAGAGAUGGAAAUGAAAGAGAUGCUGGAGGAAUCUGUGUCGGACCUUAGGAACACCAUGGCCGAUUUGGAGGACAGACUUCAUAGCGUAGAGGGUGAAGGGAACGAAUGGAGGACCAGGUAUGAGACUCAGUUGGAUCUGAACGGCCAGCUAGAGCGGCAAAUUGCAUUCGUUCACGGCAGACUUGAGGACCUCCGCGGCAACCCGAUGGACAGACUUGCUUCAAUUAGAUCUUACGAUGGCAUGUCAGAGGAUUCUUUGAAGCACCAACUGAAACUUCUCACUACUGAGAAAUCUAACCUGCACAGUCAACUUCUGAAUCUGCAUACGAGGAUCCAGCAAGAGGGAAAGGCUUACCAGAAAACAAACGAGGAGAGGCGUGCAUAUAUAGCUGAGAUUGCAAAGGUCUAUAAUAUAAUGAAGAGUAAGGACACUCAUAUCAUGAUGACACCAUCUGAUAUCCUCCAGGUGUCAUCAACUCUGGAUUUGGGCAACAGAAAGGCACAGCAACAUCUUCCACGAGCAAAUGACAGAACUCCACUAAGAAGCAGUAGCCAGGAAAAUGUGUCAGACAAGAAAAGUAACCCCAAAGGAAAGACAGGGGGUGCCAGGGAAGCACCAAAUGGCAGCCGGUUACCCAGACUCAAACGCUGACUCAUGGUUGCCAUUGGACACAGGGCCUGAUUAAGAUAACCUGGGGCCUAGGUUGCUGUGAUAACCCCCCGCCCCCCCGCGACCACCACCACCACCAGAACGCACAUUUCAUGACAAAUAGACAGUGUCAUGUACAAGCUAGGAAUUAAGGAUAACAUGUCCACUAACUUUUGAGAGAAGUAUUAAAACAUUUAAACUGACAUGACAUGACACGUGAAUUUUUCAAUAUCACAUUUUAUUCUGCUUUUUUUGUUCUUUUUUUUUUUUUUUUUUUUACUUUUGGUCAAUCAGGGCUCCUGUGGCAGGUGGGGGGCCCUAGCCUGCAGCCAUAUCUAGCCUGCACAGUAAUCUGGCCCUGGCCAUUGGACAUCAUCUCAAACGCAGGCCUGUUAUGAAUCAAUACUCUUGAUCUGUUUGGCCUACAUUCUCCCCUAAUGGUCAGCUUUAUCGACCAAUAACCAGUUAAAGGCCCAGUGUUAUUAAUAUCUUGCAAGUGGAUGUAACUGCUCGUUAAUUCAACGCUGAGUACUCUGCGACCAAAUACAAUCUAGAAGAUGUUAAAUUGACUUUCUAAGUGUGUUGACUUAACACUGCAUUUUUUAUGGUGUAUAUGGUGUAUGUGUAAAAAAUGAACUGUUUUCUUGGGUUGACAGCCUCGUGUAUUACAUAUUUAUUCACCAAAAAUUGAUUUACUUCGUAAGACUUUGUAUUGAUUAGAAACUGUAAAGCAACACAUUUUUUAAUACACUAAUGUUCAAUAACAGACAACUGUUGCUUCUAGGCAUACACAAAGGGAUUUACCAGCAUAAUAAUGCUGCUGUAUUAAUAUGGUAUUAAUGUGAUAUUGGUAUUAUUGUGAUAUUUUCUGUGCUAUGGUCUGAUUGGUGAAGAGGGCUGAAUAACAUUCAUGCAAAAGUAAGAAUUUAAGACUUCAUGUUUGCCACGACAUCUUUUUUUGGCAUCCAUCAAUGUGCCUGUGUUGGUAUAGAAUGUGAUUGUAAAAGCUGAAGAUGUACAUGGCAUCAUGAAAAAAAAAUCUAAUAAGCUUAAAUUGA